UCAUUGGAUUAUUGAGGGAGAGAGAGAGAGAGGAAGAAAUAAUUCAACUAACCGUCGUCCAUGGCGCCCCCAACCACCGUUCCAAGGAGAAGAAGACGACACAGAGAGAGGACUGCUUGGUGAACCCUCUCACAGGUUCCUCCAUCACCACCGCCUUUUGUAUCAUACCAAUGGCAGGUCAAAUCACAAUCUCCGAGGUGAGACCAUCCAAGUUCUCGAUUAGGGUUAGGGUUUCCAUUUUUAAUCAACCCUUUUAACUCUUUUCAACUAACUCAACGAUUCUCUCGAUUGUUAUAUUCAGAAUGGAACAAGAACCAGACAACACUCCAACCGUGCCUGUCGAUUCGAACUCCAAUUCGAAUUCGUCGAAUUCGAACUCGAUUGAUGGUCCAUCGUCUUCUUCCUCACAGGUCCAUGAUGAGCACCAAGAAGAGACGACGACGACGACUGUACCGUAUCGACUACGCAUUCCGAUACUUUCUGAUGUGGUGUCCAACGAGAGAGACGAUGUGCGGUCGUGCCUCAUCCUGCUUGUUACAUUUUGGUUCUUCGCUUCCAUGACUCUCAUUCUUGGCUUUUAUGGAUCUGUGAAUUUAACGUUGGGACCAUAUUGCUCAAGCCUAAUACAAGCUAACCCAUUGUUCGUGCAGUCAAUUAAGGCGCAGGAAUUAUACAAGGCAAAAGAUGGACUCAUGCUAUUCGGAUUUUAUGAACCUCCUUCUCUAGAUGUUGAAAUCACUUGGUCCGAGACGCAUAAUGCAUUUAUAGAAUCCAGUUAUAACAAGGAGUGGCAAUACUUUCUUAACAAAGGGUCUAACGUUGAUAUUUCAUACAGUGUAAAUUCCCCAAGUUCUGCCCCUUUGUCCCUUGUGAUAGCCCAAGAUAAAGAAAGUCUUGUUGAGUGGAUAGAGGACCCAUCAUAUCCUAAUACAACUUUGUCUUGGAACAUUAUCCAUGGAAACGGUAUUCUCCACCAAGAAAUUUCAAGGUCUAGAACAUAUUAUAUUGCUGUUGGUAACUUGAACUCUGAGGAGGUGGAGGUUCAACUAAAUUUCACAAUAAAGGGUUUUCUCUAUAAUACAACCCAGGCGUAUUACAAGUGCUCCUUGAAUCACCAGUUAUGUAGUUUGAAGAAUUUUCUUUUAAAGGCAAAUGCUGUUGUGCUAACUUCCCCUGGUCCUGAACAGGGUGUACCAUAUGAAUAUGGAUAUGUCAAACUGUCUUAUGGGCCACGAUGGAUUACGUAUUUUGUUGGAUCAGGUGCAGCGACUGUACUCAUUAUCGUGUUAUUCAGAGUCUGUAACAUGUUCCACAUUAUCAGGCCUGACAGAACAGGAGUUCAAGCAGAGGAGUUGGGACCUGAAAGAGCUCCAUUGCUUUCACGCAAAGAUGAUGAUCUCUCAAGUUGGGGUUCAUCUUAUGAUUCUCUCUCACAUGAUGAGGAGGAACCGGAUGAGUGGCUUGCAGUCGGUUCGCUGAACAGAAAGCCACUAAAGGAAGGGGAAAGCAAUAGCAAUUGCCGCCGUCUUUGCAUUAUAUGCUUUGAUUCCCCAAGGGACUGCUUUUUUCUUCCAUGUGGGCAUUGUGCUGCCUGUUUUACAUGUGGAGCAAGGAUUGCGGAAGAGGCUGGUACUUGCCCAAUUUGUCGCAGGACAAUGAAGAAGGUGAGGAAGAUAUUUUCAGUUUGAGCAGCUUAUGUAAAUUCUGUUUGCGCUGGCUCUCCUCGGUUAAGCAACUGUUAAUUGUUUGCUGUUGGAAAUUUUGAUACCCGCACCGGAUUUUUUGCACAUCUUGGGCAUCAAAUUCAUAGAGUUUGCCAAAGGUUUUGUGCUGGUUGUCACGCCCAAUGCCUCUUUUUUCCUUUCUAGGUACCAAAUUGGUCUACCUCCAUCUAUCAUUGUACGCUGGUUGUUGAAAUGAUAUUAUGUACAGUUUGUGUAAAAAACUGAAGUAGGGUUUACUUGGAUGAUGGAUUCAAAUGAUGUUCAUAUGGUCUUCCCUUUGUUCUUAUUUUCAAUGAUGAUGAUGAUCUUGCUUUU